CCCUCUUGUGUCAGUCAAAUCACGCUCAACAGGUACAGUGCAGUAAGAGACAGUCGAGCCACGUUGCCUGUGCUGCAGUGAUAAAGAGAAGAAGCUGUUUGUUUUCGGUCAGUUUACAAUCUUUCCUGUUUGUUUGUAAGUUUUUAACUUAUUUUAUAGUUCAGUGUGUCUGCUCUUGUCGCGUGUCGAGAAAUGUCGUUUGCUUCCCCUUUAAUAAGGAAGUGUUUUUGUUUACUUCUGUUGCUCAAAGAAGUAGAAGCCAAAGUCUCACCUGUUGUCCGACUUUCUGUUUGAUGUUUUCAGCCCUCAGGUAGAAUGAGCGUGGGUUUCAUAGGAGCGGGUCAGCUGGCCCACGCUCUUGUCAGGGGCUUCACUGCUGCAGGUGAGUUGAAUCAUACUGUACCUUGUAUGGAGGUCUGUUAUUGCAAGUUGUUGAUGUAUGCUGAUUGCAAUCAGGUACUGAUAUGAUUUAUGAACAUAUUCCCCCCCUUCAAGGCGUGAUUGCCACCCACAGGAUCACAGCCAGUUCCCCGGACACAGAUCUUCCCACAGUACAGGGGCUCCGGGUGGGUUGACUAUAAGGGACGGGCAGGCCCAUCAGUAAUGACCUGCUUUAUCUGCAAACUAUUUUAGUCACACAUUCAGAGAAUUCAUCUCACUUUUAAUGGAUUCAAACCACAAUUCCUUCCAGUAGAGCAAUAAAUUGUAUCAUCUCUACAGAAAUUGGGCGUCAAUUUCACCACCAGCAACAAAGAAACGGUCAACAGAAGUGAUGUUCUCUUCCUGGCUGUGAAACCAAACAUCAUUCCUUUUGUACUGGAUGAGAUUGGACCAGACAUCGAAGAUCGACAUCUGAUUGUGUCCUGUGCUGCAGGUGUCACCAUCAGCUCCAUAGAGAAGGUAAGAAGCAGGCAGCCUUAAGAUUUCCCCAACCAGAACUUUAUUAUUGUGCAGUCUUGGGUCAGAAGAGGUGAACAAGAAGGACUUAAAGAUUCAAGAGUUUGAGUUUAUGUUAUUAAAGCCGCUGUUGAUUACAUUCUUAAAUCUUGGGCUCUGUUUCCCAAUAAAACAGAGUAUAAAUAUAGGAAAACUAAAAUUAGAAGUUGUGACAAAAGUAACUAAUGAUUCUUGUAGAAAAGUCAGCUUGAAAUGCUGCCUUUAUUUAUAUUUAUUAUUAUGCUGGUUUUGUUUACUUCAUGGUAUGUCUAUAGUAUAGCUCAGUGACCAAUAAGUCAAUUUGAAACUCUGUUUCUGCUUGAUUUGUUGUUAUUGUUAUUGUUUUAUUUUAUUUUAUUUUUAUCAAUUAAUUAAUUAAUUAUUUGUUUUCUUUUUUAUUUUAUUUUUAUUCAUUAAUUUAUUUAUUUGUUGUCUUUUGUUUUAUUUUAAUUUUAUUAAUUAAUCAAUUAAUUUGUUUUAUUUUAUUUUUAUUUAGCUAUUUAUUUAUUAUUUAUUUUGUUUUGAUUUGUUUUGUGGUGAGAAUGUUGCUCAGUGAUAGAUUAUUAGAACAAUCAGACUUUGAGUGAGGGGCAGGUAAUAUAAGAUGUAUCUUCUCCCUGCUCCCUUUCAACCAAUUGAUAAGAAAUGUUGCAAUGAGACAUGAUAUUGUGAAGUUGAGAAAUUGCCUUGGCUGGAAUGAAUAAAGAAAAAGAAAAAGAAAAAUGAACAAAAGCUUAAAGUAAGUAAAUGUUGAAAAUCAGACAUAUACAGACUAUCAGAAGAGUUCAGUAAAUGAAAGGAUUCAACAGAUGUAGGAGGAUGUGACAUCCUGUAAGGCACUUACACUAAAGUGGUUGAAUACUCUAUAGUAGUGAAAUGUGUGUUUAUAAAUCAACUGUUAAUCAACUUUGAUUCAUGUAGGUAUGAUUACAUUAAAAUACAAUCAAGGAUCCUCUCAAUACAUUCAGCACAUUGUCAUCCAUUCACAGAAGCUGCUGCAGUACCGACCCGAUCCAAAGGUGAUGCGCUGCAUGACCAACACUCCGGUGGUUGUGCGUGAGGGGGCCACUGUGUACGCCACAGGCACCCAUGCAGAGGUGGAGGAUGGGAAGCUCCUGGAGCAGCUCAUGGCCAGUGUUGGAUACUGUACCGAGGUGGAAGAGGACUUGAUCGAUGCUGUGACAGGCCUCAGUGGCAGUGGUCCUGCCUAUGUGAGUCAUUUCUGUAAGAAGAAUGUGUUUUAGUUUUGCUUCAUUCCACGUGUGGAAAUAUGUCUCAUCCUAAUAUUAUAAUUUUGGCUGUUCAGGCGUUUACAGCUGUGGAUGCUCUUGCUGACGGUGGAGUUAAAAUGGGCCUGCCUAGAAGAUUAGCUGUACGCCUUGGAGCCCAAGCACUGCUGGUAUUACUUAUUCUUUUAAACAUAUAUAUGUAUAAAUUGAUGCACAGGCUUUCUCAGGCGUUUGAUACCUGCAGGGGGUUAGAGAGAGUUUAAUUCCAAGUUUUUGUGCUUUGCAAGUUGGUUUUAAAAACCAGGCGUGUUUGCUUUGUCUUUGCAUACAGGGCUGUUAUAUCACUCCCAUCCAUAGAAUAUUAUGCAUAUGACAUAGAUAGUCUUGACUCACUUAUUCCAAUACAAAGAGUUAUACAAACACUGUCCUUGCAAAUGUGAAAACACUUUUUGUCAUUUUUGCUGCAGUCUGUGUCUGUUUUGUGUAAGCUCAGUAUGUGUAUGCACAUGUUGAUUAUGACAGGACAAAUACUAUGUGAGUCUAAUGUGUAUUUUUCUCUGUGUCCCUUUUAAAGGGGGCUGCUCGAAUGCUGUUAGACUCAGAGCAACACCCCGGACAGCUCAAGGACAAUGUGUGUUCACCAGGGGGCGCCACCAUCCACGCCCUGCACGUCAUGGAGAGUGGCGGCUUCCGCAGCCUCCUGAUCAAUGCUGUGGAGACGUCCUGCGUGAGGACGAGGUGAGUUGAUAAGAAAAGUGUGUGACAAACAAAACAACAAAUCAUAUUUGCUGUCACGGGGAUACACAACAAAUGCUUUUAAGUUAAUUGUCAUAUUCAAAUGGCCAAGCUGUGAUUUAUUCCUCUCAUGUGUUUUAUUUAGACAGUAGAUGGAGCUAUAUGCAAGAGAGUUUUGUUAUCUGGUAAUAAGUUGCCUAGAGAUAAGCUUAUUACUGUACCAAAGUAUUGUGUUAAAUAUGUGUGUUUCAUGCAGUAUUGGAAACCUCUGUUCCUUCUCUUCUUCAUAAAGGGAACUUCAGUUUUUGGCAGACCAAGAGAAUAUCUCAGCAGCAGCUAUAAAGAAGACCACCCUGGACAAAGUGUUGCAGCAGCCUGGAGUGACCGCAGAAACCAUUGGAGUCAAAAAUCGUGGGAUCAGUCUUUUCAACAGUAGCAAGCCCAGAAUGAAUAAGAAGUGAUAGUUUUUGGUCACAUUUGGAUAUAACCAAUUUAUAUAGUGUUACCUGUCACAUCAGGGACAUCAGCAGAUUUGGUAGAUGCUGUAAAGAACUACUGACAAGACAGCUUAAAGACAGUCAAGUGGGAAACCGCCUUUUCUUUUCUUUAAGACCUCAGGUUUUAUAUGGUUGCAUACCUCCCUAUUUAAAAAGACUGUGAAGUAUUUAGCUACAUUUUUCAGAACAGACUUGGUAAAAAUGCAAUAAAAGCUCAAAUGUUUUGUUUCUAUCCACUUAUAGUGAGCCUUUAUUACGAUCCUCACCAGCUUUGUAAGGGUCAUUCAUGUUUUUGUAUUUUGUGGAUGGCAAAUGCACCAACUCGAAGAUGAAUAAUAAUCAAUUGGUUAGUUUUGCACACAAAAUUAUUUCUAUUAAUAUUUCUAUUUGAUAUAAAAAUGGAGGAGGAAAUUGUGCAUCACUCAUGCUUCUGGUCCUCAAAGGCCACCGUCAUUCAGGGGCGAGCAGGGGAACAUCUCAAUCUAGCCUGACCGCCAGGUAUUGCGAGGUAUUCCUGUAUGUACGCACUGUACCUUAAAGGAUUGAAUCCUGUUUUACCGCUUCUUUUCCUGGUGAGUUAUUCAAAAGGUGUUAUAGAAAUAAGUGUUGGUGAUGAUGUGGCAUUUAGUGGGUUUAAUGGUCAUGAUUUUGUGGAAGUGGUUUAAAGGGAUAUUAAAUAGCAGUCUGCAACCUUCACCUCUCCAGGGGGUGUCUAACUCGGUGUUAAGGUGUGUUUGACCCUAGCUUAAUUUUACACUGAAAUAUCCCUUUAAUGACCAACUUAUGAAUAAGCUAAUCAUUUUUGUAACUCCAAAUGCUUCAUUUUGUAAAGCAACAAAACUGUAAAACUGUUUUUUGAGUCUUUUUAUUAAAUAUUUACAAAAGUUA